AAAUACGGUCGAUAGGCGACGACAGCUCCGGAGCGCGUGGAUGCCGCCGUGACGGGAGAAUGCCCGAGCCGUGGCUCGGGACCGUGAUCUUCUCCUGAUCCGUGGCUCAGGAAUUCAGGUUUCCGGUAGGCGGCGGUAGGCCGAAGAGUAAAUGACGGAUGAGGACAAGUGCCGGGCUGUCUCCUACCUCUGGCUACGAUUUGCUGGAUCUCCAUCGACGGUUAUGGCUCUCUGAGCAGCGGAUAUUGGCGGCGGGGCGGGCGCGGAGAUUGCAGAGCAGCGGUUUGUUGGAAUAAUGGAGUUCCAUGUACAGCCUAUUAGGAGAUUUGGCCGAUGCAAGCGACAACGAGUUUCCGAUGGAGCCGCUCUGCUUCCCCGCGGUGGUGAUAGGUGCGGAUGAGCUGCCCCCCAUGGCAGGGGGUAGCACGGACGGCCAGAUCUGUGCAGCGGAGGGGGGAGUUGCGGGCGAAAGGGAUGUUGAACCACAUGCAUCCGACCAAUCGAUUCAUCCAAAGGCUCCAGGCUGGACUAGAAGGGUGAGAAUUGGAGCAGCUGCUCCAGGAAGGACGCCUAACCCUGGACGUUCCAGCGCCCUGUGGAAGGCUAAUCGUGGAUUCGCUGAGAAACCAGGGGAGAUUGUGAUCGUGCCUGCAAUUGGCACAAGCUUUGAUACGCUCGGCGAGGCCUAUGACUUUCACAAUAUCCACUCCUGGGAGAAGGCGUUCGGGAUAAGGCACGGGAAGAGCAGACUGAAUGUGGAGAGGACAAAAUGCAUGGAAGUUUGUGUUUGUGCGGGAAAACCCGGGGUGGAGGACACUUGAUCGUGCCGAUGCGAAUGCCCUACACUGAUAAGAUUGCUCCGUUCAAAGGCCAAUGGUUGGUACAUAGCUGAGCAUCGUGAGCAGCACAACCACUCGUUGUGUCCAACAUAUGGGCAGACAAUACACUGGCAUUUGCACAAGCACAUUGAUGUCUACAGCAGAGAUCUGGUUGAGCAGUUGCGCCAGAACAAUGUGAACCUAGCAAAAGUACACAGCAUUAUUGGAAGUUUUUUUUUGGCUCAAUGGAGAAGCCCCCCCCCUUUACAAAAAGAGCUCUGAAAAAUUUGUGUGGCAAAAUCACCAGGGUGUGGGCUGAAGAUGAUGUGAGGAAACUAUGGAGGUUUUCGCAGAACUCAGUUCAAGAGAUCGCCACUUCACUUAUCGUGUGCAAGCAGACAACGAUGGUCCGAUAACAAAUUUGAUGUGGGCGAAUGUGAGCAGCAGGUUGCAGCACACAUUCUUUGGAGACAUCGUUACUUUCGAUACGACUUACAGAACAAACAUGUACAACAUGCCAUUUGGUCUAUUCGUCAGUGUGAACAAUCAUUUUCAGAGUAUCAUCCUAGCUGGGGUUUUGGUUCGUCAUGAAUAAGAGAAAACAUUUGAGUAGGUUUUCACGGAGUUUGUUAGGAUGAUGGGAGUGAGUGCGCCCAAAACAAUUCUGACAUGUUUGAACCUUUAUAAUACAAAAAAUGUGUGGUUCAUCCAUUUCAGGAUUGAUGUUUUUGAAACAUGGAUUGUAAUAUGAUUUAACUUGUUGUGCAGAUCAAUGCUGCGCAAUGGAGUUUGCCAUAAAAAUGGAAUGCCUCAGACUGGUGCAUCGAUGGUUCAAGUGGCACGUGUUAAAAAAAGGCAAAAGAAUCACUCAAUUCAUUGUACACCAAGAAGAGUGAGUUCAGGGCAGAGUUCCACAAGGUAGUGAAUCACAUGCUUACAAUCGACAAAUUCGAGGAAGCUUGGAAGAUCUUGGUGGAGAAAUACAAUCUAAAGACUCACUCAUACAUGACGCAACUGUAUGAAAUACGGCAUAAGUGGGAGAAGCCAUAUUUCAAAGGUGUUUUCUGUGCAAAGAUGACCAGCACACAGCGCAGUGAACGUACAAACAACAUGCUGAAGAAUAAUGUUCCACCGGGUUGUCCAGUGAAUAUGUUUAUCAAGAAGUACAUGAGACUUCAGUUUGACAGGGAAGCAGAGGAGAACUACGAGGAGAAACAGACACAAAUAGUAAGAUUUAUUUGAUGAUUGACAGUAUAUAUGAACUGCUAGCCCAGUAACUAAUUUGGUUUAUCUGUGUUUCAGAGUAGGCCUCUACAAUGCAAACUUAGCUAUCGAUCGUCAUCCUGGUAAGAUAUACACAUGAGCUAUGUUCGAGCAGUUUGGGCAUAUACUCUAUGAGUGUGGGGCAUACCAAGUUGAAGAGCUUGAGAAGGGGAAACUUUAUCGUGCGAUUCACAUGGAGGCUACAAGGAGAGAAAAGUCCUGCAGUGUCGUACGAGGUAAAUGUACUGGAAGGGGGUGAUGAACUUGAAUGUGAGUGUGAGCCAUUUGCACACAUGGGUCUGCUAUGCAGCUAUGUUUUAAGGUGCUGGAUUUCAUUCAUAUAAUAGAGAUACCACAGAAACACAUCGUCAAGCGGUGGACCAGAGAUGCACGCGACAUACUACCGCCUCACCUUACUUAAUAUCUGAGAGAUAAUGCCCACAAUAACCCAUUCAGCUUCAGGCAUUUCAACAUGUACAUGCAUGCCAUGGAGCUGGCGCGGAUGGGUGACACAAGUGUUGAGGCCUGUGAGAAAUUCAUGUCUCUCAGUAAGAGUUGCUUGAUAUAGAUAUGCAACACUUUGCAGAGGUGAAGGAUGGGCUAGGAGGAUAGCUUAAAAUGGAGAUGUCGUUAAUCAGGCACUAGUGCAGGCGACAAUUCUUGAUGGAAGUGGAGGUGCAUCUAUCGAAGCUUUGAAUGCUGAAGCUACUUCAGUGAACAAGUGGGAACAUGCUGGCUGGAUUGUUGGCUCCAAAGAAGCGAAAAGAGAUGGGUCGCCCAACAACUGCCCAGGAGAAGGCGCCAUACGAGGGUCUAAGCAAAUGGACGAGGUUCUGCACGAUAUGUCGUCAGCAGGGGCAUAAGAGGACAACCUGCCCAGACCUGGCGAUAUCCUGAAGCCUGUUCGCAAACCGGCAAGGUGCAAAAAUUGUGGCGUUGAAGGUCACAGGCGAAACAACUACAAAAGAGUAGGUGAUCUAUGGAUGAGCGCCAUCUUUUUUUUAGAAAAGGAGGAUGACCCCCGGCCUCUGCAUCUGGAUGAUGCAUACGGCCACUUUAUUAAUUAUUCUCACAAGACCUUACAAAGUCAUACAACAGUAAGACUAAAGCCGUCGUCGGAUGAGCGCCAUCUGAUCAGUCGCUUCAAGUUUUUCUAUGUGCUGUUUUCGUGAAGAGUGUAAUUCUGUAGAACAAAAUGUAUCCGGUGGUUACUCCCUUUGUAGCACUCCUAAAUGGUUGCUGAGUGUGCUGGUCUGCUGUUAGUCAUAACAAUGCCUUGAUGGCUUGUUUUACAAUAAACACGAAACUCUGUCACACGAUGCUGUGUUAUUUUAUUUGAAUUUGUUGGCUAUAUGGUCAUGCUUUCUGAAAUUUUCGAACAGUGGUGCU